AUGCUCACCAACAAGGCCACCGCUGUCGCCGUCCUGGCCUCCAUGGCCGCCCAGGCUGCCGCCUUCAACUCUCACCGUCACCUCCACAAUCAGGUCGACAAGCGUGACUACGAGACUGAGUGGGUCACCGUUUACGAGACCGUCAUCGUCACUGCCGGUCAGGAGGCCGAGCCCACCACCACCCAGCCUGCUGUCCAGGCCGUCGAGGUCCCCCCCUCCUCCGUCGCCGAGGCCUCGACCACCUCGGCCGCCCCCGUCGUCGCCGCUCCCGUCGUCGCCGCCCCCGUUUCUUCGUCCCAGGCCACCACCCUGGCCACGUCUGUCAAGAAGGCCGACACCAACGUGGCCGCGGCCCCCACCACCACCACCCAGCAGGUCCAGGUCGAGGAGGUUGCCGCCACCACGGCCGCCACCACCUCUUCCUCCACGACCAGCAGCGCCGCCUCCGUCGUCGCCAACGCUGCCGCCAAGACUUCGUCCGGCGCCUCCGCUUCCACCACUUCGUCUUCCUCGUCCGGCGCCCCCUUCUCCUCCAAGCGUGGUAUCGCCUUCAACGACGCCAGCCUAGCCAACGUCUUCGCCGAGGGCUGCUCCAGCUGCGGCUGGGCCUACAACUGGGCUUCCGCCGCCGAGGGUCUCGACGCCCUCAGCUUCGUCCCCAUGCUCUGGGGUAACAGGGAGGAGUUCACGGGCCCGUGGACGAGCAACUGCGAGAGCGCCAUCUCGGCCGGCUCUAAGGCUAUCCUCUCCUUCAACGAGCCCGACAUCGCGUCCCAGGCCAACAUGGACGCCGCCUCGGCCGCCUCCCUGCACGCCCAGUACUUCAACGAGUUUGAGGGCCGUGCCCUCAUCGGUGCCCCCUCGGUCAGCAACUCGGGCAACGCGGGCGAAGGCCUCGACUGGCUCCAGAGCUGGGUUGACGCCUGCAACGCCCUGGACGGUGGUUGCUCCUAUGACUUCUGCCCCGUCCACUGGUACUCCGAGACGGCCUACGCCGGCACCCUCUUCGAGCACCUCGAGAAGGCCCACGAGAUCUGCGGCAACAAGCCCGUCUGGCUCACUGAGUUCGCCCCCCUCGGCUCCGACGAUGAGAUCUCCUCCUUCCUCACCGAGAACAUCCCCAAGCUUGACGCCGUCGAGUACCUCGAUGCCUACUCGUACUUUAUGGUCUCCACCGGUAGCCUCAUGUCCUCGUCUACCUCCUUGAGCUCCUACGGCCAGAUCUACGCCACCGUCUAA